GUAAGAAGAGAAUAGAAUAAAAUGGUUAGUCCAUCUCAUCUGAAGUUUCCCCAUUAUUUCCAUGCUUUCUCUAUGAAGUCUUCAUCUUCAUCUUCUUCUUCUUCAACACAAUUACUUAUUUCAUCCAUAAUGAAACUGAAAACCCUAAUUCAGUCUCUCGUCUUCUCCCACAUGCGACGAGCAGCCAAAGUUCUAUCCAAGGCUAAAUCAAUCCUGUCCCAGAUCUUCAAAGACAUCCAUCUCAUUCAAAUCAUCGAACCCCUCUUGAUAAUUAAUAAGAAGAACAAGGUUGACACGACCAAACUCUUUCUUGGUUCUUUCAGGAUGCAUUACAAUUGGUGCUCCGAUUCUCAUUCCAAUAUCACCCCCGACCUCCCACCCACCGCCUCCGCCUCCGCCUCCGCCGCCAUGUGGAAUUCUCUGGUCUGGAUAGAGAUAGAUGAAGAAGAAGAAGAUGGACGGAACACCUUUUCUACUUACCCUAGCUGGCUCAAGGAGAAAGACGAUGAUGAUAAUGAUGAUGGUGACAUCGACAAGAUGGCCGGAGCUUUCAUUGCUAACUGCCAUGAAAAGUUCAAACUGGAAAAGCAGGAAUCUGAGAGGAAGUUUCAAGAAAUGUUGGCUAGAAGUGUGUGAUCAGAUCUUCUUUUAAUUAAUUAUUUCUUCAUUAUAAUUUCUGGAAUUAAUUUAUAAGAUCGAUCCAUCGAUGGUGAGAAAUAAUUAAGUUAUAUCGUCAAUAUGUAUGCAGCUCAGCUCUGCAAAUCCAUUCAUCUUC